AGUCUGUAUACAACUUCCAUUCAGUAUAGAACCACAAGUAACAAUCCGUCUCGUCUGUGUUUCAGGAGAACCGCCGAAGGUAACAGGGCUACUAGACGACUCUGUGGUGGAGAACUACAACUUGACGCUGGAGUGCACGGUUCAGGGGCUUCCUCUACCUCAGGUGUUCUGGUACAAGGACGACUUACCAAUCUCCACCACCGACCUUAAGGUCAAGACCAAAACAAAGAAGUUACGAAGACGCAAGUUACGGCAAGAACGAAGUAGCAGUGAUAUGACGGGGCACAGGGUGUUGAUGGGGCAGCCUCGGCGGCGACUCAUGCGACGACGUCUAAGACCCCGCGGGGUAAACGAGAGGCAGGAGGGUGGGAAACGACCUGCCGGCGGACAACGACUCCCCCGGGGAGGACGACGACAAGGUGCGGCAAGGAGAGAGGCCAAACGACGACCAGCGCACGACGGCGGCGACGCACGAGGAGGCGACGCACGAGGGUCGGUGCGUAGACGACGACCACGCCCAUCGAGGGACAGUGAGCCACAAGGGACAGUGGGCCACAAGGGACAGUGGGCCACAAGAGACAGUCGGUCACAAGGGACAGUGGGCCACAAGGGACAGUGGGCCACAAGGGACAGUGGGCCACAAGGGACAGUGGGCCACAAGAGACAGGGGGCCACAUAUCCAACACAAA